AUGGAGACGCCAGUUAUGAACUCCAUCCUGGAGGAAGACUCACCGCCCGGAGCGGGGAACGAGUUUUUCACUCCCAUGGUACAGGGUAAAACUGAAGAAAGGCCUUCGACGCAUACGCGCCCGUUCUUUGCUUCGCCUUCCUUGAGUCGCCCUAGUUCUUCAGCUUUUUAUUCGGCAAAGGACGGUAACAAUUCCAGCUCAAGUCUGAUUUACAAUCCAACUUUUACAUUUGGAGAAACGACUGCAAAUGCUCCGCCGGUACAACCCUCCGAGUCUCGUAGACACUCUUUGAAAUACGUUCCAGGUCCUCAAUUAGCUCCUCCUACAUCAAGAAAUAGGUCCCCUACCAGGUCUGGGUCCCCUGAGCCACGCAGGAAGAAUCUCGAUUCGCCAUUCAAUUUUGGUACACAGGUGACCAAUGCCUCUAGAACAUCAUUCCGUAAAGGUCAUCGUUAUAAGCAUUCUUCGGUCUCUAUGAAUUUCUUCCAGGAGCCAGAAGUAAACAUUCCCUUAAACAUUGCUAAAUCUUUGCCAAUUCCCGAUCUCAAUGAUCUGCUGAAAAACUUGUCGUGGCCCAGAGCACAUACCCAGUUGUUAAUAACACUUUUGCAAUUUGUCGCAUGUAUUGUAACCUUUCAGUUAGGUCAUACCAAAUCAUGGAGCAAUUUUAUCACACUUUCGCAUUUUAUCACUUACGACAUUAUCGGGUCACUGAUUAUAAUAGUUGUGGAAAACUUAUCGCAUUUUGAAGUUUGGUCUACAGGUACUAUCACAUUCCCAUUUGGACUCAACAGAAUCGAUGUAGCGUCCAGUUUUGCCUCGGCAGUCUCUCUAUGCUUCGUUGGGUUGGACCUUGUUUUCCACAUGAUCGAAGAGUUCAUCGUAUUUUUCGUCGAAACAGCUGAAGACGCAGAAAACCAUGAGGAGAUUGCAUCUUCCAUCCCACAUUCACACCAUUCCGAGGGUCUUGAGUUGACUGCGGAUGAUUUUAACCUUUGGUAUUUGGUCUUAUUCAUGAAUUUCACACUAUCCUUCCUAUCACUUUGGAAGACAUUUUAUGCAAACAAGAACUCGAAAUUGAAGACCAAGAAUCCACUCAUUACUAUCUCAUACACUUUUUACCUCGCGAUAUACCCUUCUUUGUUCCCUGCCCUUCAUGCGAUCUCGGAUUAUCUGGCAGCUACCUUAAUUGCAAUCUUCAUUCUCGUACAUGGUCUCACAAUUGCCGAAUGGACAUCGACGAUUUUACUUCUAGGAUUUUCAACCACAACAAUACCCGCAUCGACGUUGGUACACAAUCCAACAGAUGAUUCAUCUACAAAAAGUAAGACUAAGUCGAUCACGACUACGCUAAACUUAUCCACUCAAGAGCCUGCUGUACUAAAAUCAAAGAUUAAGGAAGAGAUCGAAAAAUUAACAGAGUUUGUCGCAAAGUGUGACUUGAAGCAUGAAGAUCUCGUUAUUGCAAAAGUCAAUUUCAAUUUGUACAUAGUACUGAUCAAGUUAACUUUGAAAGGUGGCUCCAAUGAUGAUGAACUGAAUUUACGUUUGGCCAUCGAUAAAUGCAUAAAGAAGGUAUUACCUUCUUCUGAGACCACUAUUGAAGUAGAUAGAAUUUAG